AUGGCGACAGCAGCCCAGCAGACCAUGCCCAUCUCCUCCAGACCCCGGACAUCCUUCCUCAUCCAAGACAUCCUCUGGGAUGGGGCAGAGCGGGGAGCACGGCUGGAGCAGGGCAAGAGCGGAGGGUUUGGCAGCCCUGAGGACGGGGAACCAGGGGCAGCAGAGGGGAGUGAGGGCAGCUCGGCCACGGUGGAUGCCCCAGGGAAGACCCCCAAGAGCCCUCAUUCCCCAGGAGCAUCCCCAGCCCAGGUUCGAGGGACAUCCCAGGAGAUGGAUGCAGAUGCCACGGUGGAGACUUACUUGUCAGACUGUGACCCCCCACUGCGACCCCUGCCCAUCGCCCCACGUCCCCCCAAGCAGGCGAAGCGCUCGCGGGCAGCGUUCUCCCACACCCAAGUCAUCGAACUGGAGCGGAAAUUCAGCCACCAAAAAUACCUCUCAGCCCCUGAAAGAGCCCACCUGGCUAAAAACCUGCAGCUCACCGAGACCCAGGUGAAAAUUUGGUUUCAGAACAGGAGGUAUAAAACUAAAAGGAAACAGGUGGCUACUGAAAUCAGCACUUUGGACACACGUCUGGUGGGGCAGAAAGCGGCCGAGCUCCCUGGAGCAUCGCUGCUGGCGCUGCGGGGUGGCUGGCAAUACCUGCCUUGCCUCUACUACUUGAAUGGUUGGAGUCCCUCAUGGUGGUAA